AUGGAGCACAGGGAAUCUACUACCGUUGGUUCUAAUAUAUAUCAGACGUCUCUACAUGAAGACAUUGAUCUCGGAUGUUUGAAAGCGGUCGUGUUUUGGUAUAAUGAAAUAAAAGAUUAUGAUUUUAAUAAGUCGGUUUAUUCAGAAGGAACAGGUCACUUCACGGCGAUGGUGUGGAGUGCGACUGAAGCAUUUGCGAUGGGCGAAGAAGGACAAGCUGACGGGAAUUUUUUUGUCGUAGCGGAGUAUUACCCGCGAGGAAACAUGGAUGGAGGAUUUGCAGAUAAUGUAAAAGAACUGAGAAAGGUUCCGUCGUCCUGCAUUGACGUAGUUGCGAAUGAGGAGAGUUACAAAUUGUUGAUGGGUGAACUAAAAGUCGACAACAUUCAGAACAACAAGUUUGUUUAUGAAAGUAACAAAACUUGUGUGGUUCCAAGUAGAGCUACGAAACAGAAAGCGGAGACCUCUCCAAAUCCUGGACAGAGCAAACAGCCUUCGACGGACCAGCAAGGAAAAAAGCCUGGUCCACAAAGGGGUGCGAAUGGUCCACAAGGGGGCGCGAAUAGUCCACAAGGGGGUGCGAAUGGUCCACAAGGGGGCGCGAAUUCUCAACAAGCAGGAAAGGAAACGGGAACGGCUGGGAACCUGACGCCCUUGGCUAAAACUCCACAACAGAUAGUCAUCGUGCCUAUCAGCGAACCCAUGGCGGCGGCGCAUACGAACCCCCAGGUAGUACUAGCGGCACCGGAAAGUCCCCCUAAAACUGUUCCCAAGGUAAUAGUUGUUCCUGAUAUUAAUCCUCAACUUCCAGCACAAAAAAUAUCUGUUGCACCUGGCGGAAGCAGCGGGGUGUUUCCAACUGUUACCCGAUUAACUUGCUUACCUUUAUUCUUGCUGGCAUAG